UUACGAAUAAUGUGUAAUGAUGUACAAAUAUGUAAGUAAACAAAUGAAAAAUUUCAUCUUUGUUAUCGUGCUUUUAAAGGAUACAAAUCUAUCUGUCAUGACGCCAAAGCGAUAUUGAUACACCUGGAUACAACAUAACACACACAACAGAAAUAAUAAUGGACUGAUAUGAUACAUCGGCUUCAACCGGCUAUGAGUAUGAAAAUAAUAUAUAGUUUGCUUUUCUUGAAGUCAUACAUCCACGUAGACUAAACUGAAAUUGUCAUAGAGAUACGCCACAAACGACAUAUACUUAUUAGAAGUUCCACAAAAUGUUCCAAACGACCCUAAUAAAUGACCGUAACAAGAUCCACAUGCUACUUCGUUACGCAGUAAACAUUGUACACUCAUCCCCAGUUAUGCUCCGUAUCAAUAUAGCUAAACUUUUAAUCAAAACUUUUAACAUCAAAAUGUUUAACCAAGUCGUCAAAUAUGCUAAGUGACAACCCCAAAAGUAACAUGAAUCAGAAUCGUCAAAUAUCCACAGUAAAGUCGGAUUCGGGCAAACACAGUAAUGUUCAUGCCGCUAAUGUUUGUUUUGUACUUAGACAUCAAACAAAGUAUACAGUUGUAUGUACAUAAUGGGACUGUAUAUCCGCUAACCAGGUAAGGAGGAACGCCCCUUCAGAACAAAUGUGUAGAACUGACCGUCAGCCAACUCUAUGACUGAAAAAUAUCAAUAUAUUCCAUAAACCAAUGCAACUGAUACCAACAGACAGGGACAAGUUAUUAAAGGACGUGAAAGCUUGGUCAAUGUCAGUUAGUACGUUCAAAUGGUAGCAUUAUACAAACAUUAAACAUACACCACGUAAGGGUCACGGAUUCUUUUAGUACUAGCCAGGGAGGAAGGGGUCGUGGGUUUAGUGUGGCAUAAACACCUUAGAGUGAUCACUAUUCCGAGAGAGCAACCUAAAGCUAACUCGUGAAUCUUAUAGAACUAUGCAGGAUAUGGUAGCAAUGCUUCUACUACAGCAUUAACUAACGUUGGUUGCUAUGGAAUAAAUAGUCCAAUCAGUUUUAAAACUCCUCGCCAACAGUCGCCGAUUCAAGAUGUCCCUCCUUUACUAAAGAAAAUUACAUUCCCCCAGAGUACUUCAUUUAAAAAUAAUCAUUUCCUAGUCUCAUCACUCCGUAGUAUAUCUAACACCUCCUCGUGUCAAUAUUCCCCUACUAUCUCUGCCAGCUAUGCGCCAGACGAGGAAGAGGCGCAUUACAGCCGCUUAUAUGUGUCUAUACAGGAAAUGAUCGCAGCAGUACGUACUCGGGUAUUCCCCGGACAUCGCCUGCUGCACAGUAGCCAACCGUGGGAACGGCACACAACAUUCCUCUACUCCAACCUCCGCAAGCAUUAACAAGCACUUACCAUAAUUAAAUAAAUGAUGUAAUACGGCCACGGGGAUUCGAAAUUCAUGAAUAACGCUAAUACAAUAUGAGAAAAAAAUAAUAAUCGUUCAUUAGUGUCAAAAUUUUCCUGUAGGAAUAUAAGCCAGGAUUAUUUGGCCCCAGGAGAGGAAGUUAAUAGGCAGCGGCCACAAUUAUGUAAAUAAUUCCCUGGUGGAAGUGUAGGCGUUUAUCGAAAGUAUAUGGAGCAACUUCGGCAAACUUGAAGCAAGACCUACUCGUGGAUGAUACAGAAUAUCUAUCAUUCUGACAACGAGUCGGAUAAUGCAGUGAAUAUGCACGUUUUUCACUUUCAGAAAGAAUCAAAUUUCUCCCCGGAAUCCCCAAGAGAGCCCACAGAAAAUAGAAUAUCCCCGGGCGAGUGGACGUUCCCUAACAAGAGGCUGGGAAAAACUAAACCAUAGAAAUGAUGGAUAAGCCUUCACGUAUUCAGAUGUAAAUUGCCAUAGAGUCCUUCAUCAUUCGGGCCAUUCAGACGCGAUGUCGUCCGGCACUAAGCUGUGUGUCCAUCCGUAAAAUUUCCCUUCACACCGUACUUGUAGCAAUUUGUGGGCAACGUCUUGCGUGGACAUGAUAAGGGACGCCAUCUGGUCUUGGAAAGAAAAAGUGAGAGUGUUGUGAGGAGGAAAUAAACAGAAGCCGUGGCACAUCAGACCCUAGAUAAACGUGACAAGCACCGGGAAUUAGCACCUCGUCCAGAAACGACCCAUAAGGGCGGGAACAAAAGCAGAGAUGACAGGCUUAACAAUGGGAUAAUCAAAUCACACCAUGACAUCAGCAUACACUAGCUCCAUUUUCCACACCACUGAGUCGCGUGGGGGGACUGGGGCUGCUAUGGCUUCUCAGCCCUCCCCACUUCGAUACUGCGGAAGCUAGAUAAGUAUCUAUGAUGCUAAAACCGACCGUACUUGUCUGCUAUAUUUUGAUAUUUCAGCCUUACAACUUGAAAAGCCUGGAUACAGCUGAUCUGGCUAAUAAGCCGACCCUGGCGGGGAAGGGGGUUGAAAUGUCAGGGGUUGUCUACAUGAUCCAAACAGUGUCGCACGACCAGCGCACCACCGGAUUUGCUGCCGAUGACACACACAACCAAGCUGCAGGUGUUCACCUCAGGCAGGGGCUCUGCGCCGCUCCACGCCACGGCCAUGGGUCGCCCACGGUCACGACUCCUUGGCCCCGUAACAGGCAGGUUCCAUCAGCGGGGAGGGGAGUCCGUAUCCAGGACAUCCCCUCCCACCGCAUCGGUCCGCCCAGCCCGGACCUAGCCUCUCCGGGGUGGUCUCCGCACGAUAUCGGGCACUGAUUAAAAACCUAUAUCUGCAGACGGGGAGAAAGUGCUGGCUGACAUUAUUGAGACCACGUGUGGGGGUGUUAUGUUGGUCUGCUUCCCAUCUCCCGCAGAACGCGCCAUGGGGCAGGGAAUAUCCCGCCACUGGGGACUUCUCUGGUCUUUCUCCGUCAAUCUUUGCGUUCACCUACUAACCCGGCGUUCUGUGUCAGCGACGCCGGCUUGGUCCUUGCGGCAUUCAAACCGUGAAAUAAUUUUAUACCAAGUCCAGAUGAAGCGUUCCCAACCAAGCUAUGGCAAAUUUUAACGACGAAUCUACAUGUAUUAUUAUUAUACACCACAUGUUCCUUUUAUUGGGGUAAGCAAUAGCAGCGCACCCUUUUGUAAUAUUGUACCCCGUGCCGAUUGUGGCUAUCACGUUCAAGUUCAGUGAUCUUUCAUUUCAUUGACGGCAUGUGACUGCGCGGGUCGAUUUUCUGUUGUCGGUAACCAUAGACAAACCAAGGUCAGCGAAUCACGUGUAUUCCGUACUCGUCGGUAACGAUUCUUCGUCUGUGUACAUGUAGUUAUACAAUAUAUUGGCUAUACGUGUACUUUUAAAUAAUGGGGGAAUAGCUCGCACCGUUCAAGUUCAAAACCAACUAGGGACUGAACUCUCGGAUUUGCGUUGAGGAGAUUGUCUGUUUGUGAUUUAGAGGAAGUUCCGACACGCAGAUCGUAAGAUAACGUCGGCAUCAACAAGCCGAGCAAGUGCAAGGUAACCGAACACUUCCCUGCCCCGCCAAUCGCAGUGGGCACGAACACGGGGAGCCCACAGCAAACACAACAGCAGUGAUUGGCUCAAUUUACCGCUAAUGGUUUUCAAUUUACUGUAAAGGGAAAAUCACUGCCUGGACUGGGUACUGGAUGUGACUGUACUUUUUAGGCUGCGAAGUUUCCUUUCCCGCGAGUCGCCCAGAAAUUAUGACGUCGCUCCGAGGCGUAGGUUCAGGUUGUGAAACGAGAUAUUUCGUCAGACAUGUUCACCCAGCUGCAGGGUAGGUCUGGGACAUAUUAUCUCUACACACUCUAGUUUUAUACGAUCAGCAGGAACGACUGAAGACAGGUGAGGAUAGGUACCUAUCUGUCGGAAACUUCAAGCCACACAGACGACACCCAGAUAAAAUUCAUUUUCAACACCUUACGUGAUUCUCCGCGGUCGUGAGGCCCCGCCCUACGGGACUUCCGCCCAAUCACCGGGCGGUAAUGCACCCCACUUGAUGG